ACACGCAUAAAAAAGAAAUUUAUAAAAAAGAACAGACGGAUAGAAAAGAGGUAGCAAUGCUAUAUCCCCUUGUGCAUCUUGUGCCUAAAAACCGAUAGAAACCAGAGCCUCCUCCGUCCUCCCUCCUCUACCUCUCUCUCUCUCUCUCCCCCUCCCUCCCUCUACCACCACUCUUCUCCUCUCUCUAAAAAAAAGCUUCUCGAGCUUAUAAAUACACUCCCCUCCCUCCCGGGGCCAAUUUCCUCCCCCCGAUCCCCUUCCCCCCCUCCGCCCGCCGAUCGCCCUCCGCUCGCCCCACCGCGGCGGGCGAUCGCUCCUCUCCCUCCACCCCAGCAGCGCGCGAUUCCCGAGGCGAGGCGCCACCCACCACAGAUUCCGCCGACGGCCGCGGUCGGCUGGCUCGUUCCCCUCUCCCACUUCGCCGAUCGGAUCGCGUGCUCCCCGAGGUGACGAUCUGCGAAUUCCCCGCAUUUUCUCCCAGUUUCACCCCGCGAUUUGCUCGGUCUCGCUGGAUUGCCUUUGGGUGGGCGCGAAGGUAUCUGCCUACUUGGGCGCCGGCCGUGCGCGAGUGGGCGGAGUGCGGGGGAAGGAAUUGGAUUCGUGGGAGCGUGCGAUUUGAGUGCCCUGUACGGCACUGCCGGCGAAUUUCGUCGGUAAUUGGAGGGGGGAGGUGGGACUGUGUGAGUAUAACCGCACAAGGAUACCGCAGUACGGGCAUUCCGGUUAGUUCAGCUCGGGAUUGUGGGUGGUCGUUUCCGUCUCUGGUUAGUGGCUAAAAUUUAGAGAGCGUUGAAUCCGCCUGAUAUGUCUUGUGCUUUAUUUGCAUGUGCGUUUGGUUGGCGUGGAGAACUUUGCUCAGACUUGUUAGCAUUUAUUUUUAAAGCAUUUUUUGGUGGGCAUUGAGGGGCUAAGGGGGGAUGCAUCCGCUACGCUUACGUGUGCGAUUAGUGGGUAAAUUAUGCCCUUUUGCUCAGUCCUGCUUUUGCUGUGUAUUUGCUUCCAUUUAAGAUGGAAGCGCAUGCAUGCAUGUGAUUAGUGCAGAGAAUGGGAAAUGUGGCCUCUUAUUAGUCGAGUCAGGUAUGCUGAGCAUUUUGUGAGUUUGUUGGAGGUGAACUUUCUUUGGUGAAGAUACUAAUGAUAAACAAAAUAGGUACUACUUUCCAGCAAUAUUCGGUGUGGUUGAGUCAUUGGUGGGGCUUGGGAUGUUGCAGUUGUGAACUUUUGUGGUGGGUAGCUGUUUGGUUGGUUGUUUGGAAAUAUGAUACAUUUUGGCAAGUGAAGUUUGCACUUGUUGCUGAUCACUAAAAGUUACAACUAGCAGGUUAGGGAGAUGAUCGAUAUACCUCUAGAGUUAUGUGUCCUGAGUUGUUUUUCUAUGUUUCAGUGUGUAGAAUAUUUCUUGUGAUUCGAGUUUCUGGUUCACUGCUGGUAAUUGUGAUAAUGAUGACCACUCUUAAUACAAUUUUAGUUGAUCAUGGAGAUUUUUUUACUACAAAAUUGAUCUUUUGGUGCAAAUGUGUACGUGGAUGGGCAUGUGUUUUUGAACUGCUUUGGUAUUACUUCACUUUAUAGGAUAUUUAAAUAGAGAGCACUUGUUAGAGGAGUCAAGGGCUUAUUGGGCCUUAGCCCAUUAAGAUUUAUUAGUCGCUUGCUUAGGGGUCAAGUAAACCUCUUUAUCUAAGGAGAGGAGAUGUAUCAAUCUAAUCAAGUAAGAGAUUAGAAGGAAAUCCCUUCCCUCUUGCCGGCCGUGGGCGAAGCCCCGCGGCCGGCGUUCCCGGCGCCCCCAACCCUAGCCGCCGCGACGUGAACAGUACCCGCGGCACUGUAGCAUCGCGGGUAAUGUAGCACCGCCGCCGCUUCCCCAGCACUCUCUCUCGACCCCGUCAGCAUCCAUAACAGCACUCAUCUGUACUGUUAGAUAAUUGAUUCUGCUGGCACCUUCGUGAUAUACAUAGUUUAGUUGUCUAGUUAUUUUGCACAGUGGGAUGAUUAAACAGUAAAUAAGCUUAAAAUAGUAAAGUAUUUAUUUGCAAUAGAUUACUGGCACUCUAUUUGUCGUAGCUUCCACUAUCCUUAUAUAUUUGGAAUCGGAAAUCGUAGUAUCUGUAGCCACCUUUUGCCCAAGAAGUCAAGAUGAUAUAUAUAGCAUGCAUUAUUAUUUUUCAUUUUUUGAUAACAGUAGCGUGCAUUAUUUUUUUUUAAUUUUUUGAUAACAGUAGCAUGCAUUAUUUAAUAGGAUAGUACAGAGACUAUAGUAUUUUCCAAGCACCUUGUAAGGCUCUGAUUACUGGUGUUCUUAUUGUCUAUUUAUCUUUAUCUACUUUUGAGGAGUACUAGCUUGCAUUCAUUCUGCUUUUUGGUGCAAUGCAAUAAACUUUGGAAGUAUUGUAACAUCAUUUAAAUUUCCCCUUAGUUUUAAAUUUCUGCCACAUUCUAUGCAUAUGAAGUUUCCCUACUCCCAAAGGUUCUAUUUUCAAUCCACACGUACAGAAUAAUCUUCAAUCACAUUCACUCUUUUUUGCUGUUAACAUUAUGUUAAUACUCGCGAUAAUUUUCUUACGCGAAACCUAAAGUAUAUCUCUUUUCCUCUCUUUUUUAAUGACUACAAAGAAAUUGUGGUCAGGGUUCAUAUCCUAACAUAAAAUCACCUGUUUCGCUAGAUUUCUAGGACCUAGUUGGGAUUUGAUGAAUCACCACCACCACCAGUCCACCACCACAACUCCAUGAGAACAAAGCCUUCAUUCCCAAGCAAGUUGGGGUAGGGUAGAUGUCGUGGUGUGCAAACUCACAGUCGGGUGGCGUAGUGCACCCGCCUAAACCCAGAGGGUGAGUACUCGGGGGUUAGCUAGGAUUAGCCCAAUCUCGGUGGAAGAACGCGAUGAACACAGCAGGUUUAUAGUGGUUCGGGCCGCCGGAGCGUAAUACCCUACGUCCACUGUGUAUUGUAUUGCUUGCGCUCUCAAGAGGUUGAGAGCAGGGUUGUUCGGAGUGAAACCGAGCUUGUGUUGUGAGAGUCUUCGCGUGUCUGAAGUGUGCAGUGAGCGCCUCCCUUUUAUAUCUCAAGGGAGGCGCGUACAUGGCCGUUGAGUCCCCGACAGGUGGGCCCAACGAUGUAGUAUAAAAUGAUAUACUGUACAGACAUUAUGGCAUUGCAGGCGACGGAGAUCUCAUUCCUGGAUUUCCUUACUCUGCCCGUGGGAAUCUUCCGUCCGGCAUAGCCAUGCCCUGUCUUGUCGAAACGGCGCCAGGGUGUAGCUUGCGGCGUUGCCUGCAGCGUAGCUGAAUGGGCCGUGUAGCUUGCGGCGUAGGCGGUAUGAUGAAAAGGUGCCAUGCCGUCGUAUCCAUUUAAUGCGACAGACGGGCUCUGCGCGGAUGCGGCGCAUGCGACUGCACUGCGUACCUCGGUAAUAUGCGGUCUACAGUGAGGCCUGACAAAGGCUGCCCCGCGUGCCGCGGCGGCAGAGCACGCCUCAACCACCCGCAUUGAAUGCGGUGGGUGGGCGAGUCUUCCAGUGGAAGACUCGCGCCCGCGCCUGUGCCUGCGGGACACGUGGCGCCCCCGGACCCCGCCCCGGCAGUAUGUUGGUUCUACGCGCGUGGGAGGUCCGGAAGGACGCGGGGAGGUCUCGGACCCCUAUGGGGGGUCCGAGCCCUCGGCUGUUGGCGCGGAGCUUCCCCUCCUCAGGGACACGUGGCGUCACCGGACCCGUCCCAGAGCGGGGAGCGGGUCCGGGGCCGUUGGCCCGGUGAGAUAAGAGCCUGACCCGUGGGGCCCGGCUGCUCCGCCCCUUAUGGCGUAGUUACGGAUGACUACGCGAGUCCUGCCUUGCUGCAGUAGGAGUGGGUAUCCCUGCUACAGUGUACCGACAGUAGAGAUGAAACCUAACAUGGACCACCAGAAAAAAAAGGGAAAAACAACAACAAUAAAGAACAUGUAAAUAUUGAUGGAGAAAAGAAUUAACACAUCCUUACAUUUGGUGCCUUACAGUCUUAGGAUUCUUCUAUGCAUCAUUGUCUCUGUAGUCUGGACGCCCCCGUUAUAUACGAACUAUAUUACCACUGUUGCAGAAGCUUUUCUCCACUUGGUGCUACUCCUAGACUAUCACGUGUACUGUUGUUUCGAAUGCAGUCCUUUCAGGAUUUGAUAAACCAAUCAAAUUAAAUAUACCUUGAAUGGAAGUCUAAAUUUCAUUUACUAUAAGAUAUUACACAUUUUCAGUGCGUUCUGCAUGGACAUAGUUGUUUUUUUCCUCGAACACGCAGGAGAGCUGUGUAUCAUCAUAGUUGUUACUGUGCUUGAUAAUGAGCAUCGUCAAAGUUCUUGUUUAUAUCUUUAGUUGCAUGCACUAUUGGCUGGAUUGCUAUUUGAUGUCAAGUAAAUUUAGGAUUUCUACGUGGGCAAGGAUUAUCUUUUUUUUUCGUUCAUCGAGGAACCCUACAUUCCCUGGCAAGGGCAGUAAAAGACUUGAGCAUUUAUCGGACAAGAAGGCACAGACGAAUCCCACUUUCAUAUGAAGAAAAUUCUUUCUCUUUCUCGUACCCCAAAGAAAAACACCGAAUAACUGCCUGCGCUACUUGUAGACAUAAACCAGAAGGUAUAAAGCUGGUUCCCUCAGAACUGGCUAGAAACCGCGCUGGGGGUAACAGCGCACAAUCAUCUAUUAAUUUCAAACCAUAGCUGCCCAAUAUGGUAUCAGUCUGUCUUAGCGUUAUAGGACCUCACUGGAUUUCACCUUUUCAUAAUGUCUUGCCUUCUUUGUUCAAUACAGAAAAGACUGGUCAUUUAUAUCUAUAUGUGUUACCCAUGCUGCUCAUUAUGCUAGCAGUUUUUCCUUCGCACAAUGUACAUGCUUACCUUUGUCUUCUACCUCACAAUUCUUCCAAUCUUUUACUCUAUUUGGCACCUUCGACUUUAAAGCCAUUAUGAGGGUUCAACAGUGCGUGUGAAAUGCAGAUUUUCUGCUGGUUAUUAGCAGUGAACUGACUGGUGGUGGAUUGAAGCCGUGGUGUUUCCGUUUGAAAAAGGAAAUAUUUUCUUGUUACAAUCAUCUAUAUGUAUUAUACUGCUGGCUUUCUAGUUCUUAUUAUGGAACCUGCAUACACUCUAGCCUGUAAUGCAUAUGCAUCCAUUUUUUGUUAGUCUUCCCCCUUCCUCUCAGGCACCAAAUUGGUCAAAUUAUCAAAUUGCUGGUUCAAACUGCGCUGAUCACAUAAGUAAUCAGCUGGUAAUCAGAGUUUAUUAAACAGCUGUUCACCCUGCUGGUUGCAUUUACCUCCAUGCUUUUCGUUGUCUGUGCAGAUCCUUCUUUGAGUCCUUUCCACCAGUAGUUUUUGUUGACCUCACUAAAAGUAUGAUUUUCUUGGCUUCAAUUAUACACCUCUCGUCCCUUUUCGGCUAUAUAGUAGCUGUAAUUAUCACUUAUCUUCAUUGAUGUCAGAAAGUUUCCACUUUCAUUUAGCACAUUACAUGUGAUUAUUGGAUCUUUGAAUGAUGUGCCUAGGAUGAAUAAUCAGAGUGAUUGCUACGGUCCUCUGAUCUUUGUCAUCCCCACUCCUUUCUAAUUGAUAUAUGUAAAAAUGAUGGAUCCUUCUGCGAGUGAUGUUUUUUUUCGUUGGAUAGAAGUUAUUUUGGUUCCUUUUACGGCAUUGCCACUGGCAUAAUAUUAUGACAGUUAUUGUUUUUGGUUCAGAGAGUCAUUGUAUACAUCAUAUACAAUGCUAAACGAGUGAUGUAUUACUUCAUUUUUUGAAGUCCUGGAGGCAAUCCUGAACUCUGACUGCAUCUGUUGCAUAUAUAUGGAAUGCAUUAUGUUGCGCUAGGUUACUUGAGUAAGAAUUAAUUAGCACUGCUCCUUGUGAAAUGGGUUGAUUUAGAAGAAAAUAGCUACUUUUAUCUUGCUUAUGAUAAAGAAAAUCUAAACAUUAAGAAUCAACUUAUCAUUGGGUAGUUAUGCUUGACUUGGAGAAGCUGCGUGUCUUAAUUUAGUAUUGUUGGGUGAAUGUGAACCACACCAUUAGUUGUCUUAAACUUGAGCUUUAUAACUCAAGUAUUUGAGGGACACUGAUUCAUUGCCUGUCACCUAUAGGGUCUGUCUUUACCUGUCAAGUGUCAGUGUUCUGUGUGACAACUUCACUUCUAUAUAUCUGUAUAGACUUUGCUAGUUACCUUCUAUGUCCUCUUUAGCAUUUUUAUAACAUUACCUUUUUAACAUGCAACUGUUAAAAUUGUUGUGUCCUUUACCUUGCAAAUUCCUGAACUCCACAACUUUGUUGCUUGGCAAGUCAUGUUCUGAGCCUACUAACUUUAUUUAACCCUACCUCGUUUUUAUGUGGUAUCAGGUAGAGGUGAUGAUAAAGCAUAGUCGUUGACUUAGUCUGCCUUAGCUAUUUCCUGAGGCUAAGGGAAAUAAUAAUUGGCGUUAUGGCAUUUCGAAAUAUGGUAUGCACUCCCCAAGUCGUUGAUCUUACAUCUGAGAGAGGGCAAGCUCGUGGAGGCAAUGCUAGUGAGAUAUCCGACCAAGGUGCACAACAUGCUGUCAGAGUUGUAGGAAACACAACGAACAUUGGUCUCUCGGAUAUAAGAAAUUACUAUGAUGUGGGCAUAAAUCAUCAGUAUCAGCCUGUUCCUAACCCACCCCUGAAUUUAGGUGUUGAUUCUGGUUUUGUCUUCACAUCAACUAUGUACAAUCCCUGCAUGUCAUCAACAUCAAUGAACAGAUAUGCUUCUCAUGCUCAGAGCUUUGGAUCGACGAAUCAACCAUUGCCUUUAAACCAAGUCCCAGGAAGUAUGGAUGAGAGUAGCAGAAAUGACAGUACUGGUGAAAGUGCUAGAGGACAUAUUAAAAGGAAAAAUGCUGCAGUCGCGGGAAGCUACCAUUUUGUUAAUGGAUUUGCAAGCUCAAGCUCAUCUUCUCAUGCACCUCAGAAUCCUAUGCUUAGGCCUUGGGAUCCUUCUUUUGAAUCCAGUGUGUCCUCUAAUGUCGCACCAUUCAACCCAUCAGAAUAUCACGGCCACAGCAGUUGGCAAUCCUUAGAAGGAUCUUCCGUAACUGGAACUAAUGGGUUCAAUUCAAUGCCUGUUCCUCCAGAAUCAGCACAGCGUGCGAACUAUACAUUUCCAACAACUCACAUUGGCCAUUCAUGGAUGUCCCAGGCUGCAAAUGGUAUUGCUGAUGGAAUUCCCCAGUGGGAAUACAUCAAUGCAACUAGUAAUGUUCAAGCAAGCAGAUUUGCCCAUUCAGGAGCCACAGAAAUGGCAAAUGGAGGUUUUCAUGAAUAUCAGAAUGGCCCUUCAGCUGUUUGUCGGGGACCUGUACCUUACUUCCCCCAGCACGUGAUGCAUGGCAUGCAAGCUCAUCAUAUGCUUGAUCAUACUCAAAUGCAAGUCCCUUACCAACAAUGUCAGAAUAAUGGUGUAUUGCAUGGUGGUGUUAAUUAUACUGGAAACCGGCUCCACUUAGGUCCACGAAUUCCUGUUAUCUUCUCCAGUUCUGAACGUACUUUUGGGCCUCCACAGCAUCCGUUUCUGGCAAAUCCAGUUAACCACCGGAACGUAAGGAUUCUACCACCUGAGCAGCAUGCCACUAUAAUGGAUUUUUCAAGAUUGUAUGAAGUGUCAAAUUCUGUAGAUGAGCAUAGAGAUAUGCGGCUAGAUAUAGACAGCAUGACUUAUGAGGAGCUUUUAGCACUAGAAGAGCAGAUCGGAGAUGUCAAUACUGGUUUGACAAAAUGCCUCAUUGUAGAUAAAUUGAGGACUAGCUUAUAUGUUCCAGGAACAUCCAGCAUGUCUGAUCAGCCAUCUAAAUCUUCUCUAGAGAAUUAUGCUUGCAUUAUAUGCCAGGAGGAGUACCAGGUUAAAGAUUGCAUUGGCACCCUUGACUGCGGUCACAGGUACCAUGCAGAGUGCGUGCAUCAGUGGCUGUUGGUGAAGAACCUGUGCCCCAUCUGCAAGACAACAGCAUUGUCUACCGACCAAAGACAUUGACAAUGAGCAGGAAUGAAUAAGCCUGUUAGCUAUUUGCUUGGACAAACGUUCACCUCAAUUUUGUAUAUAAGUGGUAGACAAUGGUGCUACCUGUAUUUGCUGUUCACCUUGUUUUGAUCGGGAGUACUCAGCUUCCUGAAACUGUACAGCCAUAACAUUUAUUAUUUUUCUCCAAAUGUAGAAUAUUUUAAGUUGCUCAGUUCGCCCCCCUUGUGUAUGAAGAGGCGAACCGGGGAAACAAAAGCUUCCGUAAUGGCAUCGCUAGGCAGCCUUGUAUCUAUGUUAACUUUAAUGAAACUAAUACAGCAUGGAUCCUCCUGUA